CACUCGCAGGUUCCUAGAUGCAACCUACAAGGAAGACAUGACAAUUCCAACGCUUUGUGGGCCAACCUGGUUGACUCGGUACAGCAUUAUGUGUACAAAUACCAACGUUGUCACCUCGCAUUCGGGAUACCGGACAACAUCUAGUCUAUGUUGACUAGUCACGGAUGGUCAACAAGUCUUCCCAUUCCGUGUAUCACCAGGUUCGGCCCCAGCAAAGUGCCGGGGAAGUCUGGCAGUGGCGUGGGCAGCUUCCACCAGGGUCAACUGUUGAACGAGACAAGGGAUAUAUAUCCAUAUCAUGAUUUCAGGUCUUCCCAUUCUCUGACACGGACCCUUUUGCAUCCACCCUGGGGAUGCUGGAAGUGUAUGUGACCUAAGAGACUCAUUGGACUUUUGUCAAAAGUUCAGAUCUCCUGUCUGAACCGCCUUGGGUAGGCAAAAAU